GGCCGAGAGCGACGGGCUCUGCAGGAAGUCCGGACGGCCACGGCCAGUUUAUAUGCUACCCUGCACAAAACCCACUCUUGGGCAAUAUGGCUUGCUUGAUUAGGCUGGUGAGAAGGAGAGCAUGAUACGACAGCUGCAACAUUGAUGCAGGCCGGUUACCUGUAGCCAAACUAAUUCGACAUGAAGGGACCCCAACGCUACGGUCGACGACGAGUCUUGCAGGUUGUGUGCUCCGAAGCGAGUACGGGUGUCUGCAGUUCCGACUUGGUGUGGUCGUUGUCGUUAACCACAUUGCUCGAGUGCCGCGCGGUAGACGAAACGUCAGCAUGUCAUGUCGACAACGACGAGACCAGACCCAGAGUGUAUAUACCCACCCUGAUUUUAAUGCCUAUCCUAAUUUUGAUGCCCGCCGUCCGUAUUAUUAAUUACUUCUAUAACAGCUCGCUACAAGUCUUCUUAAGUAAUAUUAUUAUAGGGUCGGAGAAGGCCGUUUUCCUUCAGCAAUUAAGAGUAGGAGGAAGUAGUAUUUAUAGAGGUAGUUUGGAACCCUUUAUUUGGUGCGGUACCUCUAGGGGAAUGUUGAAGCGGUUAAUUUGUAAGCUUUAUAUUAUUUUAGUAAAUCGAUAA